CUCCUCCCAUUGAGCGAGGCUGUGUCGCGUGGCCCAGCGUCGGCGUGACGGUUGGACGCGGGCGCGGCACUGCGGGUCCCGAUUGCUGCAGCCGCUUGUCAGUGUGAUGAAGAUUGGCACCCAGGCCACAGAACCUGCCCCUCACCAUCUGCUGCAUUUCGGGACAUGUGCCUCUGCUCUGCCAGUUGCUCAGAAACUGUUUGCUUUUGACUCAAGAUGAUUUGAUGUUUUAUAGUAAGACUCAACCAUGAUGGCUACACAGACGUUAAGCAUAGACAGCUAUCAAGAUGGACAACAAAUGCAAGUAGUGACAGAAUUAAAAACGGAGCAAGACCCCACCUGCCCUGAACCUGAUGUGGAAGGAGUGAGCCCUCCCCCCGUGGGGUCCCAGACACCGAUGGACGCAGACAAGCAGGCCAUUUAUAGGCAUCCACUUUUUCCAUUAUUAGCUUUGUUGUUUGAAAAGUGUGAACAAUCUACGCAGGGCUCAGAAGGCACAACUUCCGCCAGUUUUGAUGUGGAUAUUGAAAAUUUUGUAAGGAAGCAAGAGAAGGAAGGAAAACCCUUUUUUUGUGAAGAUCCGGAAACUGACAAUUUGAUGGUAAAAGCAAUCCAGGUUUUGCGAAUUCAUCUUCUUGAGCUGGAAAAGGUUAAUGAACUGUGCAAAGAUUUCUGCAGCCGAUAUAUUGCUUGUCUGAAAACGAAAAUGAACAGUGAAACUCUGCUGAGUGGGGAACCCGGAAGCCCGUACUCCCCUGUCCAGACCCAGAUUCAAAGUGCCAUCACAGGCACUCUCAGCCCCCAAGGAAUCGUGGUGCCAGCAUCUGCGCUGCAACAGGGGAACGUAACCAUGGCAACAGUGGCAGGUGGCACAGUUUAUCAGCCUGUCACAGUCGUCACUCCCCAAGGCCAAGUAGUGACGCAGGCAUUGUCACCUGGGACAAUCAGGAUCCAGAACUCCCAGCUACAGUUACAGUUGAACCAAGAUCUCAGCAUUUUGCAUCAAGAUGAUGGCUCCUCCAAGAAUAAAAGGGGAGUUCUGCCGAAGCACGCCACCAACGUGAUGCGGUCGUGGCUCUUUCAGCACAUAGGGCAUCCCUACCCCACUGAAGACGAGAAAAAGCAGAUAGCUGCUCAGACAAAUUUGACACUACUUCAAGUCAACAACUGGUUCAUCAACGCCAGAAGACGAAUUCUCCAGCCGAUGUUGGAUUCUAGUUGUUCAGAAACUCCAAAAACAAAGAAAAAAACUGCUCAGAACAGACCGGUUCAGAGGUUCUGGCCUGACUCCAUCGCGUCCGGAGCUGCACAGCCACCACCGAAUGAACUCACCAUGUCGGAAGGAGCUGUUGUGACGAUCACCACACCUGUGAGCAUGAAUGUGGACAGCCUCCAGUCUCUGUCCUCGGACGGGGCCACCCUGGCGGUACAGCAGGUCAUGAUGGCGGAGCAGAGCGAGGACGAGUCUGUGGACAGCACGGGGGAUGGCGGGGCCUCGCUGGCGCCCACCCACAUCAGUGGGCUGGUCCUGGAGAACAGUGACUCCCUGCAGUAGGGCCGGGCGCCGGGACCAGGGGCGGACGGCCUGACUUUUUAUAGUUUGCACAGCAAACAUUUUACACAGUUUUAUUUCUAAUGUUUUAUAUGUAGAUAUAGAAGAGUGCACUUUUGUAUUUCAUAGUCAGCUUCAAGAGCGUCUUUGCCGGUGCAGCGACUUCUUUCAAGUGUGUUAUGUGUGUGUGCGCGCAUGUGUGUAUGUGUGUGUGUUUUUUAAGGGAGUUCUUCAAAGGUUUAACGCUAAAAAUGUGAUGAAUGACAAACACCCCCGUGAGCCUCUGAUUAGAUUAAGGACUAGUGCUGCCAUUUUCUAAAAAAUUAUGCAGUUUUAAUUUAGUUCUGUGGUUACAGCAGGUCUCGGUGGACUGAUUAUUGUGUGGCCCAUGGCUUUGAAAGAAGCGUCUGCACCUUAGAGCUGCCAGUGUGAGGUGGACGACAACACACGACAAUAAACUGAGUGUGACCUCAUGGUGAAUGUACGCGAUUCAGAUACGCUUCAGUUCUCUCAUAUUCCGUGAGCCUGUUUCGUUUGCUAUAUAUAAAAAGAAUCUCCUAUUUUUACCUUGCUGGAAUUAUUGGAUAAAAAGCUAUUUUUAUAAAUUCGUUAUGAAUUGGAUUAUGACUACAUUGAGGAUAAAAUUUCUGGAGAAGAAACAAUACGUGCUUACAUUUCAAUUUGGAGUGUUCUGGAGUGACCAAAUUUAAUGAGCCUGCCCAGAGUUAGCUAGCAUUCCAUGAUUCUCUGCUAUGCCAGGGUAGUCAUUUACAUUUAUUACUAUAAAAGAAAAAACUAUUUAAUGAAAUUAUGAUAUCUUCAAAUUUUAAUUUAUACGUAAAUGCUCAGAUUGCAUUUUACACUUGAUCUAAACAUCUAUCUAAAGGUAUUUGCUAAAUAGGACUUAGGUAAGUUGAGUGAAAUGGUAGCCAGGAAUCAGUUAAAAGCUCUUACAUACACGUUUCAGUCUAAUUUAAAUUUGACUACAGUUAGAUGGUUACUAUACCAUGUUAGCUGCGUAUCAUUCUAGAACUUUUAGUUAACCAUAUGUUAUGCCUAGAAUGUUUAUUAUAAACUAAUAUAAAAUGUCCUCCAUCCAAUUGGCUCAGAGCUCGGGUAAAUGACACACUCAGCUUUGUUACAUAAUUAACAGACGUCCAUGAAGUGACAAAGACGGACUGGACUGUGGUGACGAUGUGGUGGCGAACCCUGCCGUCGGCCCAUGCACGCUUGCUGUUGGCCCUGGCGUCGACAUUUUCUCCUUGUACGUUGCUGCUUUGGAGUUUCCAGAGCCCUCCCCUCUGACUUGAUCACAGGAGAUUUGGAAUAAUUUCAGGACUUCCAUUUCCUGGGGACAGGACGAACUAGAAGAGUAGACUGUGUUUUGUUUACUUCAGUUUGAUUCGUUUUUAUUUGUUUACUUGCAAGUGGGCUUUUUCUCAGAGAGAACACAGGCCUCCUGGCUUCACAGAGAAAGUCUUCACACAAUCUUCAAUGGGAGGCCCGAAGUUCAGGUGUUUCUGAAGGGUGGCUUCACGGUUGGGCAGGUCGUCAGCUCUUGAGAUUCAGCAAUAGUGAUUCAUUGUGGACCAAGGUUACAUGGAGGGAUAUUUCGAGCUAGUGCAGAUUUUUUUCUGGAACUGACCUUUUCUCUAAAAUUUAUUAAUUUAAGUAAAUCAUAGGAGAGUACUUCCUAGAUAACUUAGAAAGCAGCAAGAAAUACAUAGAAAUUUCUUUUAAAACAUUUCAGGAGCUUUAAAAGAAAAACUUUGUCAAUUCUUUCUGGGGAGAGAAUAACAUUUUUAAGCAGCUGUUGCAUUCCUUAUUUAUAAACAGUUUUUAAUAUUUUAAGUCAAGUCUACACGAGUUUAAAUGAACAUUUUAACUUUACCUAAAUUCUAACAUUGUUGGACUUCUUAAAACAAGGCCCUGUGGAAGCCAGCCAGCCCUCUUCCUUCUUCCCUCCCUCCCGUCCCUCGGCCCCUCUCAGCCGCCUGCCCUUCCCUUCAGGUUAGUGAGUGUUCACUGUGGACUCGUGCCUGGGUCGGUGUUGCUUCCCCACCCGAAAUCCCCGUCGCUGGAGGGGAGGUUGGUGGUUGAGGGCUGCACAAACGUGUCGGUGUGGAGGCCGGGGCUGUGUCAGGUUCACCAUCUGCGCUGGCCCGAGAUGCCACCUUCCGUGCCCAGUGACGCAACGGCACUCUCUCCAGCUGAAAUCAGUCUUCUUGAGCCCUGAAUUCGUGCUCACUACAUUCGGAGGAACAGGAUAAAGGUCAUUCAGAGAGAGGGCACUGUGGACAUAGCCUGAGGUUCCUUUCACCUCUUCCCAUGACCAAGGUGCUUUUAAACAACCUUGGCACGGCAAGCUCCAGCAUAUUUAUGGUCAGUUUGCGCUUUAUAAACCCCUGUUUUCCAGCCCUCGGACAUUCGAGAGAAUCUGUGAAAGUACGACCCCACUGAGUUUUCAUUUUAAAUGAGCAGAUUCGAUCCUGACUUUGCUCUUGUUAAAUCCUUUCCUUAUGAGGGAUGCUCUUGAAUGUGUUUCGAGACCCAAACUGAGCAUGUUGUUGUUAUCCCCGCUGCUCAGCUGUCGAGCAGAGAGCUGGACGGGCUUCGCCGUACCCCAGACGAGCACCAGCUGACGGAUGAUCUCAGCUUUCCGGUUUGGUUUCCAGAGAGUAAAAUAAGUUUAAGCGUUUGCCCAGGAUGCACAGUAAAGUGAGCUGUGGCACCGGCUAGCUCACAGAUCACAGAGCAGUGUUGCUAAAACACUGCACUGGAGGGUCCCAGGAGUCAUUUCUGCAUCACCUGUCGGAUGACCCGACUCUUACCUGUGUGCGAGAGUGUGGGAGCACUUUUCUCUUUUAGACAAACUCAGACCUUCCCGGAGAUGUGAAGGGCCCGUCUCUGGCAGGUAGUGACAGAAAUAACACAGCAAUCUUCCUUGUUUUAGUUAUGUUUGGUCUAUGAACUGACAAUCUUUAAAAUGUGAAUACUGUAACAAUAUGUUUUCUUGGAUUGUUGUCUUUCAAAGGGAUUUUUGUGAAGCAAUUGAUUUAUCAAAGCAAAAAAAUUAAAAACAGAAACAUG